AGACGUGCGCACUUCACUGUUUAAGGAUGGUACUCUUUUAAAAAAGGCCUCUUGGAAAAAGUGUUCGUCAUGGAGAAGAGGCCAAAAACUAGAUCUGCCUUGCCAAGCAACAUGGAAGAAUGGACCAAACAUCAGGUUUAUCAGUGGCUAACUUGUGAUCUAAAAGUUGACAAGAUUUAUGCAGAUAAAAUCCUGGAAGAGGAUGUCUCUGGAUCAGACUUACUUUGUUUUCAGAAGAAAGACCUUAUUGAAAUUGGAUUGAAACAUGGGCCAGCAGUGAAGAUUUGUCAUCACAUUGAAAAAUACAAAAAAUCAGAAGUGCUAUCAUUAAUGAGCAAAGAAACUGAAGACACUCAUUCUGCAUUAACAACAGGACAUGAGAAAAAAGAGUUAAGUGAUGACAAAUCCACAAGUGAGUCAUCUUCUCUUUCUACAAGCCAUAAAGACACCUGUACACCAAAUGGUUCAACACCAGAGAUGUCCAACAGCAUGGAAAUAAAUAACAAAGACUGCUCGGUAUUUAAGCUCCCAUCCACAGACCAAACAGAAAAAGCAGGGCUGGAAUCUGUAUUUAAAAUAUCCAAACCAUUAAUCACUGAGGAAUGCACUGAAAGUGUUGAGAAACAUACCACAGAAGAACCUCCAAAACACAGUGAUAAACAUUUGGAAAUAUACCAAGAUGAUCUCUCUUGCACAAAUUCAAGAAAGUCUGAUAGCGAUAUGGUCAUUCACUCCAGUGAAGAGUCGCAAGCAGCCUCUACAGGAACAAUUAGCAAAGAUCCAUUACAAUGUGAUGAUAAACCAGUUUCCCAAAAGGAUGAGAAUGCAAUAGAUAAUAAAAGAGAAUCUAUCAAAGCAGAAAUUUCAAAUAAACGAAAACAGUCAAUGCAAGAUAAAAAGAAAGACAGCUCACUAGAAAAAUGUGAACAUCCUGAAACGCAUAUAACAACGGAAGGAAAGAUUAACCAUAAAAGUAAGUCUGAAAAAAAACAUCUGCAGAUCGAGUCUAAACAAGAAAAUGCUUUACCAUUCCCAUUUGAUCAGCCCUCAGCAGCCCACAGAUAUGUGAAGAAUCAAAUUCUACCACCAGAAACUGGUCCAGGUAACCUCAUAGAUCCAGUUCAUGAGUAUAAACUCUUAUGUAACACCGAGAAUGCAAAUGAAGGGGAUGUAUUGAAGAAGUUUAGUAAUGAAGUCUUUCGCUUUAGUUCAGCCUGCAUGAAUUCUCGCACAAAUGGGACUAUCCAUUUUGGAGUUGGAGAUAAACCCAUUUUUAAACAUGGACAGAUUGUUGGAAUAGAAGUGCCUUCUCCAGAUCUCUUUAUUGACCAUUUUAACAAAAGUCGGAAAGAAUAUUUUAAGGACCAUUCAGACCAAGCUGAGUGCUGCAUUAGGCAGCCACGAUUUGUUCCUGUGUUAGAUCCUACAAACACUUUAACAGGUUUGUUUGUCAUAGAAGUUGAUGUUGUUCCUAACUUUGAAGUGUGCCAAGAAAACACCUAUGAAAUAUAUAUGAUGGUCAAUGAGAAGAACCAGUGGAAAAAAAACAAAGAAGCAUCCUUUUUUAUUCGAGAUGGAACCAGCAGCAAAAAUAUCCUCGGAAUUAAAAACACUAAGGACUUGAAUAAAGAGUUUGCAUUGUUUAAUAAAAAAGUAAAAAAGUUGGCCGCAAUGAGAAAAUCUAAUGAACAAAUGACCACAACCCACUCAGUACAGUAUAGUCAUGGAGAAACGCUCAAGCGAUUGUUCACAUGUGAAAAGGGCAUGUCUGAUUCCUCAUUAUACGAUACCUAUUUAAUUGUAGCAAACAAAUGCCAUCCAAAUCACCUGGAACACCUCCAAUUCUUAACUGAGAUUAACCUGUUUGCUGUUCUGGAGUUUGACCCAGAAUCUGCAAUUAAUGGAGUCUGUGCCCAUUAUCGCAAAAAUCGAAUAGCCAACCUGCACUAUCCUCGAGAUUUUAAUUCCACAGAUUCAGAAUCAGCUUUGAUAGCCAAACUCAAUCUGUACAAACAGACAAGCUGGAUCUUCUGCAAUGGAAGGGCAGACCUUGAAAGCGAAUCUGAUGGUGCUAUGAACAUCAGCAACUGGCUGACUAAAAGAGCCGCAGAUGUUAAAGAUCUCAUUUCGUUUUUCUGUAAACCUCAAGUCUUACAAAGUGGUCGAUACCUGGUAGUGUUCCUUUUGCUGUCCCCUAUAGAAGCAGUGAACGAUCCUGUCCUUGAGAUAUUCUGCACUUUCUAUCAAAACCUCGAAGGAGCACAGAAUAUUUUAUGCAUCUGUGAUGGAGACACUAUAUUCUCUAAGUGGAAAGAGCUGAUCAAAGCCCGAUGUGACACCGAUAUCACACACCGUAGCAUAUAUCAGUUAAACUUUACAGAGAUUAAUGGCACUCUAAUGAAAUUAAAGCCACAAACUCAAACCUCUAUUAAAUUUUUGCCAUCUUCAGGAUCAAGUUCUGUUGUAUUAGAAAAAAGAGAUGAAGACUUAAUGACAUCUCUAGAUGUUUUAUGUGAAAAUGAGUGUGAGAACACAGGAGUAGAAAAGGGAGAUGAGUUUGAGGAGUUUAAAAAUUCGGUAGAGGAAACUUUUUACCGGGGAGGAAAAGUCACUUGGUGGAAUUUUUAUCUCUCUGAAAGGCCACGUUCCGUACCCUUUAUCAAAAGGGAUAAAUAUGAAUCUUUAUUCAACAUGAUUAAUUCUCAAAAUAGAUUUCCUACAAGUCAAUGUGUUAUUUUGAAUUUCUUUCAUCACCCUGGCUGUGGUGGCACUACACUAGCAAUGCAUGUAUUGUGGAAUUUGAGAAAACAGUUCCGUUGUGCAGUACUCAAGAACACCACAGUCAACACCUCUGAAAUUGCGGUGCAGAUUAUACAUUUAUUGACCUGUGGCAAACAAGAGCAGUCGGGCUUCACGCCCGUCCUUCUGUUAGUUGAUGACUUGGAAGAAUGGGGUAACCUACAAGAUUUGCAGAGAUGUGUUCUCAAUGCAGCUGCCUCUAAGCAAAUUAAGGAAAAACUCCUUGUUAUCAUCCUAAGCUGUGUAAGAUCUCAGCAUCCAGAACCUAGCUCCAAAAACUGCCUGAAUGAGAGCAUAUACAUCACCAACAAGCUGUCUGUGAAAGAGCAAAAGCUUUUUGAAGCUAAGUUAAUGGAAAUCCAGGCAAACUAUUCGCAGUUUGAAACCUUCUAUGGCUUUAUGAUUAUGAAGAAUAAUUUUAGCUCAGAGUACACAGAAAAUCUUGUUCACAAUAUUUUAAAACACUUGGACAUUUCCACAAAAGAGGCACAGCUAAUUUCAUUUUUUGCUUUGCUGAAUUCUUAUGUUGAUGGCUCGUCCAUUUCGGUAUCUAUAUGCGAGGAUUUCUUAGGGAUUAAAAAUGCCUUUUGGGGUCGGGAGAACGUAGAGGAUAAAAUGGGUCCCUAUUCAACUCUCUUAAUACGUUUUAAAGUUGAAGAAUAUGGAACCUACUGGUCCAUGCGUAUGCUCCAUCAAAUGAUCGCUGCUGAAUGUCUCCGAGAAUUAACAAAGACAUACGGCCUAAAACUAAGUGACAUCACUAUAAAUUUACUGCACUGUGAUUUGUUUUAUAAAACUGCAAUGGGGAAGGAUGAGCUAAUUGACUACAUCCAGAGUAUGUUAAUCAAGAGGCAGAAAAUCGAUCAUGGAGACGAGCGAGAUACUCUCUUCUCACCACUGAUCGAGAAAAUGCAGGAGGAAGGGCAAAGUCAAAUCAAACAAAUUUUAUUUGAAGCUGAGAAACGAUUUGAAAAGAAUCCCUUCAUCCCCCAAGUAUUAGCAAGACAUUUCUACCUUAAAGAGAAAAACUUUGAAUCUGCUGCCAAGUGGGCUCAAGUUGCUAAACAAAAAAAGUGUAAUUCCUAUUUGGCUGAUACUUUGGGACAGGUGUAUAAAAGUCACUUAAAAUACGAAUUUGAGAAAUCUGAAAAUGUUAAAAAAGAGCUCACUGUUGAUGACUUAACAAAAUAUCUUUAUCUUGCCAGCAAAGCAAACAAAGCUUUUCAGGAAUCGCAAAACUUAGCAAAGCGAGAUGAUGCGGGUGACAGUCAAGAACAACUGACAAAAAGAAAGAACAACAAUUACAAUACAUCAGGAUAUCUUGGGGAGAUGGAGGUGGCGAUGGUUGUCUUUGACAUUCUGGGCAAAAUUCCAUGCUUUUUAAAAAAAGACAAACUAAAGCAGUUAAAAUUGGUGCAGUUUCUGAAAAAAGCCAGACACCUCUCUGAAUUUCACGAAAACGAAACAGACAGCAAAUUCAUUGAUGUACUUAAGGAGCACGAGGAAUUUCUGACCAACCUGAAGCCUUCUGUAAAGCAAGUUUUUGAGUUUUUUGAAAAUUGCUUUACUUACCUCAAACCAAGGAGUGCAGAAAAAGAAACAGCAGACCUAAGAAAUCGAAGAAAAGUUUCUGAAUAUUUUACUAAAUACAUCAAAUUCUUUUGUGCCUCUGAACAAGAUUUAGCAGCUGAGAAGAUGAGUAAGCCCAACAUUAGCCUACAGCAGAAUAUUGAAGAACGUCGAAUGUUUUUGGAGAGAAAGAGAGCCGAUCACUUCUCUGGACUUCUUCAGUAUUUACAUGGGAAUGACAUAAACUCGGAUCAAAUUGAGAGAAUAACAGACAGUUACUUGUAUAUCUGGGAAAACUCAAGCUCAAGAGAUAUAAAAGACACUGUAAACUUCAUACUGGCUAACAUUGUCCUCAACUGCAUUAAACCAAAAUCAAAAAAGAUUAAAAGAUAUGCUGAGCUCACCCUCAUUUUGAACAAUUUGUUACAGGACAUUGGAACCCAUUACCCGUACACUGAACCAUAUUAUUUAGCCCAACUACUUUUAUGGCCACAGCAUGGCUGUAAGUUGGACAAUGGAGCUAAGAAUAUUUCCACUUAUGUGAAUUCAAUCAAGAAUUCCUUCAAAAAACAAUAUAACUAUCUCAUCCGAUCAAAGCAUACCAUUGCCCAUUUCUAUCUGGGCAAGUCGUCUGGGCUCAAACGACUCAUUCCCAAAGCAAAGCUUGACCUGUGCCUUGGUGAAGAAAAGACAAAUUCACAGUGGAUAAGUGGGGAAGUAUGGAGAGAGGAAGCUGUCAAGAACCUUCUGUUCCGGGUACAUGGCACCACUGAGUAUGGGGAAGUCUAUGUUUCUUACGAUGAUGUCAAAAUCCCAGUUCGGCCAGUUUAUCUGGGAGGGUUGAGAAGUGGGUAUAGUAUUGAAAAAGUUUCUUUCUACCUUGGAUUCUCGAUUGAUGGGCCAGUUGCCUAUGACAUACAGUACAAAAACAAUGCUUAAUCUAAACCAAGCAGAACAACGGGUGGUAAUGAAGAUUCAGGAAUGUUUUUUAAAAAGACUCUUGAAGGCUGUUUGGAUUAUAAUUUUAUAACCAUUAUAUAAUGACAUUGCUGUUUUA